AUGAGUUUGAAAAACAGGAAAUCGUCACAGGACUCUUUUUCUCCAGAUGGACCUGGUCCUGUGGUCGUGAAAAGGAGCAGCAGCUUGCUCAGCUUCAAGAAGCCAGUGAAGCGGAGCAACAGUCAGGAAACUUCAGAGCUGGAGCCCUUGCAGCUUCAUCACAGCCUCGGUUCCAAAAUGAUGCCCAGCAGCAAGAAAACAAUAAAUCAAAGUGUGGAAACUUCAGAGCUGGAGGCCUCCCAGCCAAAUUACAGCAUCACUUCCAAAAUGAUCCCCAGGGAGCAAAACAUCGCAGAAGAUAAUCUGGAACGACCAAAUGAGUUCAACAACAGCUGUACUUUCCUGAAAUAUAAUAAAACUUUUCACAAAUUGUUUCCUGAUAUUCCAGAGGGGGACAGGCUGACACACGUAUUCACCUGCUCCCUACAGAGAGAAGUACUCUAUCAUGGAAAACUCUUUGUGUCUGAGUACCACCUGUGUUUCUACUCGUCUGUUCUGCUCAAAGAGACUAGGGUGGUGAUUCCUGUUUCCAGUGUGAGGGUGAUCAAGAAACAUAACUCAGCUCUAUCCAUCCUGUCUAUUACAACUGCCAGUGGAGAGAAGCAUUCAUUUGUUUCUUUGAGGGACUUAAAGUUUCGUUACAAACUCCUUCAAAGGAUUUGUUCACAAUCUCAGGAGGAAAGUGGAAACAGCAGCCCUCAGCUCUCCCCUGCAGAGACGGAUGCCGUGCGUGGCAGGAUUUCCAGUUCAUCUAGUUUAGAGGGCAGUAUGGAGCAGGACCCCAGCAGCGUCGAUCUGGACAACAACUUUCUUCAGAUGGUCGGUGAAGGAUUUACUGAUGUCCUAUUGUUACAAAGAUUGUUGCUGCUGCUGAUGGCGUCUGGAUACAUCGGGCUGAGGAUUAUAGCUUUAGAGGAGCAGCUGAGCUCUUUGGGGGCCCUGGCUGAUUUGUCUAAAGAGUACCAGGAAACAUAGUCACCAGCAGUGAGCUGUUCCAAAGCAACUUUACGCCAGACUGCACUU